CAUUGCCGAACCGGCCUUUCAUACAAACUCAUUUUAAGUGGUUAUAUAUGAUUUGUUGUUAUUUGUAUAAAAAAUAGUACAAAUUGUAUUAAUGUUUCUGUUGAUAUAAUUAUAAAUUAAUAUGUAAUAUUAAACAUAGAAACUUUUAUUAGAAAAAAAUCGAAAAAUCAUGGAGGUUGAUCAAGAAGAAUCAGACUCAUCUCCAGUUGAACAAAUAAUCUUAGAAGCAUCAGAAUUGUGGAAAUGUAUUAAAAAAUUAGGAACAUUAGUUUCCAAUGAAUCAAAUUCACAAUAUAUUAAUCCAUUUUUAACAUCAAUUUCAAAUUCAAGCCAUCUUCAUAAAUUUCUUAUUCCACCAGUUGGAGUACGUGGUACAACAAAUCCUUGGUGUAUACAAUAUUUAUCAUUUACAAAAUGGUUAUUUGGUGUUUGUUUUAAGAUAUUAUGUGAUCAAAUUGCUGAUGAUAUUUCUGAAAGUAAUCUACAAAUUCAAUCACUUAUUCUUCGUAUGCUUGUUGUUCGUCAUCGUGUUAAUUUUGAAGCAAUUACUGAUGAAUAUAUGAUUAUUCUUGAUGACAUAUUGGAUUUUGAUGAUAAUAAAGAGAAUAAAAAUUAUAUAUUGAUUGAAAGAUUCGUUGUUAAUCAGAAUGCAAUUGAUGACAUGAAUCUUGAAUCAUAUACAAUAAAAAUUAAAUCAAAUUUUAUAACAAAUAUACAAUUAUCAAUAAUGAAAAUAAUCAUAAACUCUGGUGUUAUAGUUUGGAAUACAGAUAAAUUAUGGCCAAGAUUAUUAAGAAUAAUAAAUAAUUCUGAGCCUGAAGCAAAACUCAUGGCUUUAAAAAUUUCAUUGAAAAUAUUAGAAUUUAAUUUAGUUGAUGAUAAAAUUGUUGAAAUUUUAAUUGACAAUACAAAUGCAAUUAUUAGUAAUUUGGAUAAUACUUGGAAUGAAAUAGAUACAAUUAAUUUUUGGAAUAUAUUAAUUGAUAUUUUUCAUCAUUUUAUUGAAUCACCAAAAGCUAUAAAUUUAGGUUACUCAAUUCUUGAUACAAUGUUAAUGAGAAAAGAAAAUAUAAAAAUUCUUGAAAAUAAAAUAUGUGAAAAAAUUCAAACUGCACUAAUUAAAAAUCCACGAACAUAUUCAUCCGAUGAUGCUAAAAAUUUUAUCAAAUAUUUUGAUGAAUUUCCAAAUUUUUAUAAAAUUUUUAUUCAUUAUAUUAUUUUAGAAAUACAAACUGCUCAUCUUGUUGUAAUUGAUUUAACUGAAACUAGUCAAUUAUGGAAAUUAUUUUUAAAUUUAUUAUCAAAUAAAAUAAAAAAUAAUGAUUCAUCAUCACUUGUUAAUUUGUUAAAAGCACCACGAGUAUUAUCAAAUUGGAUGAUUGAUAAUAAAAUUCAAGGUAAAUUAUUUAAUGAUCCAAAUAAUAUCCUUGAAUAUUUAUUGAAUAUAUUAAAAACAACAAGUAAUAAUAAUGAAACAUCAUUAAUAUAUUCAUGCCUAAAUGAAAUAAUAUUUAUUCAAGAUUUUGAUAAAACUCCAAUUCAAAAUUUUUUAAUACUACCAUGGUUAACAAAAGAAACAUCAUCACAUUUACAGAUAUCAGAAAAAUUACUUGAAAUGGCUAAAUCAUUGAGCAUUGAUAUUCAAAUUGAAUGUUUAAAAAAUAUGUGUAAAUUUGGUCAGGGUAAAAAACGUAUUAGUUAUUUAAGUAUUUGUGUUAUGAAAAAGGAUAUUAAACUUGGAAUUGCAGCAAUAUUAAAUUCAAUAUUUCUUCUUCAAGAUAGUAGCAUAUCAUUUUUAGAUUUAAGUACACAUAUAUUAAAACCUGCAUUGACUAGUAAACGUAAACCACUUUGUGAAGCUGUUGCUAAAAUAAUUGGACCAAUUGUAUGUUUUUUAUCUGGUCAAGCAAAUUUUAAAAAACAAAUAUGGGAUUUAUCAUCAUUGUCAUCAUCAAAUUGGACAAUUAAUUGUAAUGUAUGUGAUAAAAAAAUUUUACCUGGUUUAUCAUCUGAAUUUAAAAUUGAUGAGAAAUUAUUUAUGACUUAUAUUAAUUUAAUUUCAUCACAAUUUAUUGAAAUACGUAAUAACAUGAGUGAAAACCUUGUUAGAUUAUCAAAUCAUUUGGAAAUUUUUAGUAAAAAUAAUAUAUCAAAACUUUGGUUACCUUAUCUUAGUGAUUCAAAUGUUAAAAUUCGUCAAAAUUUAUCAAAUUCAAUUGUAACACUUAUGGAAAAUAAAAUAAUUUUAUGUACAAGAGGACAAGAUAGAAAUAUUGUAUUUCAAAAUGGUUUACCAACUGAACUUGAUGAUUUCGUUGAAAAUAUUAUUGAUGAAUUUAGUGAAAUUUUACAUGAUUCACUGACAAAUAAUAAAGAAUCAAAUCAUUUAACACUAAUAAAUACUGCUAAAAAUUUAUCAAAACUUCAACUUGAUUCAAUUGAAGAAAGAAUUUGUAAUUUAUUUAUUGUAACAAUAAUUCAUUCAAGAUCAUCAUACAAUGCAAUUGCAAAUGCAGUUAUUGCUUAUGAAGAAGUUGCUAGAUUUUCUGGUUUAACACUCAAAGAAAUUUAUAUGAGAUAUAAAAAAAAUAAAAUACAAUUAAUGAUGAGAUUAGCUGCUAAAAAUUAUCUUGAAGUUGGACAUCUUUUGGAUACUUCACUGACAAAAUGUUUAAAGUGUAUUGGAUUUACUGGUGGCUUACAAGAAUUUCUUGAAAAAGAUGGAGAUUUAGCAUUGAGUUUUCUUGUUUCAUUGUAUCAUAUUGUUGAAGAAAUAGAACCAAUAUUUUCUGAAAUAAUAUAUCGUUUGAGUACAGAUAGUUCAGAAAUAUUUAAAAAACAUUUUAAACAUAUUUGUGUACAUGUGUUUUUAAAUGAAUCACCAGAAGAUGGUAUAAUGUGUCUUAAAAAAGUUUCAAAAAUAGCAAAAACUUCAUUAAGAGACUUAAUGACCCUAUCACAUAUUGGUAUAUUUCGUGAUUUACUUAUUUAUUUUCAUGAUCAUGAAGAAACUGUAUUAACAUGUUUAGAGCUAAUAUCAGAAUUUGAUCAAGAAGUUAAAGGUAAAAAAAGUUUUGCUACAAAAGAUGACAUUGCAAAAUAUUUAAAUUCACAAUUACACGGUGUAUUUGUACGUUUUGAUGCAAAUUUAGUACCAUUGGCUGAUCAAUCAACUCAAAAAGCAGCACUUUUAUCACUUGGUAGUCUUAUGAAUUAUAUGGGACCAAAAUAUUUAAGUCCAUUACGUUUUAAAAUUUUAACAACAUUAAGAACAUCACUUAGUUUAACAAGACCUGGUUUAAAAAAAAUAUGUUGUUAUGCAUGGGAAUGUUUUGUUAAAAAUAUACCAAUUGAUGAACUUGGACCACUUUUACCAACAAUUGUUGUAUCAAUGAUACCAUUACUUGAAUCAUGUCGUAAUGAAGUUAUGAAAAUACUUGAAUUUAUAUUUAUUGUUAAUAAAAAAAAUUUAGAACAAUAUAUAUCAGAAGUAUUUUUUAUAAAAGAUCUUAAUGUUGAUCAAAUAAUUAUAGAUAAUGUUAUGUCAGAAAUUGAAAAAUCAACACCAACUGAAUUUAAUGAAAAACUUGAUAAAUGGUUAGUACGAAUAAAACAUGAAACUUAUGAAGUACGUUAUAAAGCACUUUGUCAUUUAGUUAUAUUUUUAAAAGAACAUAGAAAUGAAUUGAAUAUUAUGAUAUUAAAAGAAACAAAUAUACAUCCAUAUGUUGGUGAAUUAUUAGAUGAGUUAUUAAUUGGUUGUUGUGAUAAAGAAGAAAAAAUUCGUAUGAUAUCUGGUGAAUGUCUUGGUGAAUUAGGUGCAAUUGAACCAAGUUUACGUGGAAGAAGAAUAACAACAAGAAAUGAUAUAUUAUUUAUAAAUUCAAUGAUAAAUAAUAUAAAUUUUGUUAUUGAAUUAAUAAAUUCACUUGUUAAAGCAAUACAAGUUGAAAAAAAUGCAAGUAAUGUAUCAAGUUUUGCAUUGGCAAUACAAGAAAUAUUAAAAUUUUAUCAAAUUAAUUUAACUGAUGAUGAUGAAAUUUGGAAAUCUUUAACACCAAAAUGUCAACAAAUAAUAAAACCAUUUAAAGAAUCAAGAUAUACAAUUACUGCAAAAAUUUGUAAUAAAACUGGAACAGUAAUUUAUGGAUCAGAGAGUGGUUCAACAUUUGAAGAUUGGUCAUUUAAUUGGGCAUGUUCAAUGAUGAAUACAAUAGAAGAUGUAAAAAUUUCAAAUUUAUUAAAUACAUUUCGUCCAGCAUUAAAACGUGAUUCAAAAACAACAAUAUUUUUAAUACCAUAUAUAUUUACAUAUAUUGUUGAAAAUGGUAAUGACAAAGAUCGUUUAACAUUACAAAAUGAAAUAUUUUCAAUAAUUAAAGUAACUGAUAAAAAAAUGGAUAAAGAAUUAUUAUCAUGGAAACCAUUGAGAGAAUUUGGUGAAGCACAUACGACAAAUAGAAUAUCUGAUGAAGCAAGACGUGUACGUUGUUCACAAGUUGUAUUUAGUAUAUUUGAUUAUAUUGAAAGAUGGCUUGAUGAAUCACAUAAUAAUAGAAUGAAUAAUAAAAAUUAUAAUAAAAUAAAAAAUUUUUUAAAUAAAUUUGAUUAUUAUAUAUUAGCAGUUGCUUGUUAUAAACUAUGUGAUUAUCAUCGUUCAUUAAUGUAUCUAGAAAGACAUAUGACAUCAAAUAAUAAAAAUUUAACUGAUCAAAAUGAAAUGACUUUACUUGCAAAUAUUUAUACACAACUUGAAGAACCUGAUGGUGUAUCUGGUAUAUUAUCAACACAAAAUAAAUUACCAAGUCUUCAACAACGUGUUAUUGCACAUGAAUUAAAUGGUCAAAUUCAAGAUGCUGCUAUUUGUUAUGAACGUCUUGCACAAAAAUCACUUGAACCAAAAUACGUUCAGGGUCUUAUUAAUUGUUAUUUAAGUCUUGAUCAACCAUUUACAGCAAUGAAAAUAACACGUGGUAUUCUUAAUCAAUUACCAGAAUAUGAGCCAUUAAUUGAGAGUCAUGAAACAUUUUGGCAUUUGGCUGAUUUUCAACAACUUGAUGAAACACAUGAGACAAAUGUUUUAAAAAAUUUGAUAUUAGAAAAUUUAAAAAAUAAAAUAAAACCAGAUCUUUAUGAUAUUAAAAAAAAAUUAAUUUCACAAGUUGGAAAUGCAUCACAUGAGGGUGUUUAUCAACAAAAUUAUUCUGGUAUUAUGAAACUUCAUGUAUUAAAUGAAUUUGAAAAAGCAACAGCUUUAAUGAUAAAUAAUAUCAAUAAUUUACCACAAAUUUUUAAAGAAUGGGAAGAACGUGAUCAAUUAAUAAGAACAUCAAAAAAUGUUGAAUUUGUAUUGUCAAUGCGUCGUGCAACAUUGGGUUUUGCUGUUAAAUUAGCAACAUUAGAUGAACAAAAAAUUUUAUUAAAUAAAGAAAUUGGUAAAAUAUGGUUAAAAAGUGCUAAAAUUGCACGUAAAUCUGGUUUAUAUCAACAAGCAUAUAUGUAUAUUUUAUCAGCAAGUGAUUAUUGUGAAAUACAAGAACUUUCAAUUGAACAAGCACAACUUUAUUGGGAAAAAGGUUGUCAAGAUGAAGCAUUUACAACAUUGAAACAUUUUUUUUCAAUAACAACAAAUUUAGAAAAAUACAAUAAUUCACAAUCACAAAAAACACCAACAAAAGAAACUAAAAAUUAUGCUAAAGCAAAAUUAUUAUUUGCAAAAUAUAAUGAUGAAACAUUAAAUGUUGAUCCAGAUAAAAAUAUAAAUUAUUAUAAAAAUGCAGCAUCUGUUAUUGAUGAUUGGGAAAAAAGUCGUUUAAUGUAUGCACAGUAUAUUGAAUCAUAUUUUGAUAGAAUGUCAGAAGAAGAAAAAAUUGAUGGUAAAAAUGGUUUACGCUAUCUUCUUCGUGCAUUUUCAAAUUAUGGAAAAUCAUUAUCAAUUGGAUGUAAAUAUGUUCAUCAAUCAAUGCCAAAAAUGUUAUCAAUAUGGAUGGAUUUUGCUCAAAAAGUACAAUCAUUAAAACAAUUAAGUGAUAAACAAAAUUAUAUUCUCACAGAAAUGGCAAAAUAUAUUGAUUUGUAUCGUCAGAUGGUACCAAAAUAUGUAUGGUUAACAGCACUUAGUCAACUUGUAUCACGUAUUUGUCAUCCAUCAAAAAUUGUUAGUCGUAAAAUAAAAGAUAUAUUAAUUGAUCUUAUUGAUGAAUAUCCUCAUUAUUCAAUUUGGAUGAUGAUUGAAAUAUUUAAUUCAUCAAUACAAGCUAAAAUUAAAGCUGGUAUUGAAAUAUCAUCAAGUUCACAAUUUAAAAAAAGAAAAAAUAAAACAGAAAUUGAAAAUUUAAUUAAUAGUUUUAAACUUUUAGCAAAAUGUUUAGUUGAUUUAUCAUAUCAUGAAGUUCGUAAAGAUCUAACAGUUGUUAAUAUUAAAGAUAUAAAUAAUAAUAAUUUACAGCGUUUAUUUGAAAGAAAAAAUUUUGGUCCAAUUAUGAUGCCAACAAGUAAAUUUUUUCAAGUAUUAUUACCAACUAAAAAAGAAAAUCGAAAUAAUCAUGUACCAUUUGAACAUGGAAUGGUUUCAAUUGUUGGUGUUAAACCAGAAGUAACAGUAUUAUCAUCACUUGUUAGACCAAAACGUAUAACAUUUAUUGGAUCUGAUGGAAAAAAUUAUAGAUUUAUGGUUAAACCAAAAGAUGAUUUACGUCGUGAUUUACGUCUUAUGGAAUUUAAUACAAUUGUAAAUACUUAUCUACAAAAAAAUCCAGAAUCAAGACAACGAAGACUUUACAUUAUAACAUACAGUGUUGUACCACUUAGUGAAAAAUGUGGUAUUAUAGAAUGGCUAUCAAAUCUUUCUGGUUUAAGACCAACAAUUAUGAAUUUAUACAAAGCCAAUUCACUUGGUGCUUCUCCAAAUGAUUUACGUACACAUCCAAAUAAAUUUGCACCAUUAGAAGCCAGAAGAAAGGCAUUUGUUAAUGUUUUAUUACCAAAACAUCCACCAAUAUUGAGUCAAUUUUUUAGAAAAAAUUUUGCAGAUCCAUAUAGUUGGUAUGAAGCUAGAGCAGCAUAUAUAAGAACAAGUGCUGUUAUGUCAAUGGUUGGAUAUAUUGUUGGUCUUGGUGAUCGUCAUGGUGAAAAUUUAAAUAUCAAUAUUGUUAAUGGUGAUUGUGUACAUGUAGAUUUUAAUUGUUUAUUUAAUCAUGGAGAAAAAUUUGAAGAACCAGAACGUGUACCAUUUCGUUUGACUCAAAAUAUGGUUGAAGCAAUGGGCCCAUUAGGGUAUGAAGGACCAUUUAGAAAAUCUUGUGAAACAACUCUUCGAGUAUUGAGACAAGAAGCCAGUACACUUAUUAGUAUUUUAACACCUUUUGUUUACACCGAAAAUCGUAAUGAUGCUCUUAAAUCUGUGAAGAAUAUUGAAGAAAGAUUAAAAGGCGUUGUUAAACCAUCUGGAACAAAAUCAGAAAUUGUCGUUAAUCUUAGUGUUGAGGGUCAAACAAAUCAUCUCAUACUUGAUGCCGUAAAUAUUGAUAAUCUCUGCCAGAUGUUUAUUGGCUGGGGUGCAUACCUUUGAUUUAAUUUAUCAUUUUAUAUUAAUUGAAGUAGAAUUUAUUAAUCAUAAUUAUUAAUAAGUUUAUUGAGUUUUUCUUAAUAAUGUAAAAUAACUGA